AUGUCCACGGCAAUGACAUUUGGACAGAAGCAAUUCGUGCCGACACCUCCGGAUAAAGGCAGUUUCCCUCUUGACCAUGAUGGGAUUUGCAAGAAAAGUAUGGUUAAGUACAUGAAUUGCUUAUUUAGUAACAAUAGUAAUAAUUCUAUGUGUCGUGAUGAAGCGAAAGAUUACUUAGCAUGUCGUAUGGAACACAACCUUAUGGCCAAGGAAGACUGGAAUAAAUUGGGUUUUAAGGAAGCCAAUGUACAAUUGAAAGGAGAUAAUAAU